AAGAAUGGUUCUGAUUACGAACAGUCUGGUGUGCGACUGUAUUGCACUUGUUGCAACUCUCUUGGCAGGAGCAAUUAUAUAUCUAAAAUGGAGAUUCACUUAUUUCGCCAGAAAAGGUUUAUACUCACCGGCCACAACUAUACCCUUUGGAAAUUCAAAAACCGUUUUCUCUAAACAACAAAUUGGAGCCGAGUUGUUCAAAGACAUUUAUUUUGACAUUAAGUCCAGAGGGCUAAAACAUGGAGGAGCAUAUUUCUUGUUUAAACCAAUUUAUGUCCCAGUUGAUUUGGAUAUUAUCAAAUCAAUUAUGCAGACGGACUUCCAACAUUUCAUGAAUCACGGUGUUUUUAUUAAUGAAAAAGGGGAUCCGUUAAGUGCACACUUAUUCGCACUGGAAGAUGAUAAAUGGAAGAAUCUUAGAUCCAAGCUUACACCGACAUUCACUUCGGGCAAAAUGAAGAUGAUGUUCAACACAUUAGUAGAAUGUACUAAUGGAUUAAAGGAUAUGCUGGAUCAAUAUUCACAAGGCGACACACCAAUUAACAUCAAAGAGACUCUGCAAAGGUUCACCAUUGACAUAAUUGGAUCAGUAGCUUUUGGAAUUGAAUGUAACACCAUGAAAAAUCCAGAUUCACAGUUCGCCAAAUACGGUAGACGAAUCUUCGAAUUAAAUCCUAUAGAAACUUUUAAGGCCUCUCUCCAACUUGCCUUGCCUCAUAAAUUUCUUUUGUGGUUGAAUAUUACAAUUUUCAAUAAGGAGGUCACAACAUUUUUCAUGGAUGUUGUUAAGAAAAAUGUCAAAUAUCGUGAAGAGAAUAAUAUAUACAGGAAAGAUUUUAUGCAUUUGCUGUUACAGUUAAAGAACCGCGGCAAAGUUUUUGACGAUGAGAAAUUGACUGAUGAUGCUGGAGGCGUUAAAGAAAGUGCUCUAACAUUCAACGAACUCGCAGCUCAAGCUUUCGUAUUCUUUCUAGCUGGCUACGAAACCUCUUCUACUGCAAUGACUUUCGCAUUAUAUGAACUUUCAACACGUCCCGACCUUCAACAGAAAAUUAGAAAUGAAAUCCAUGAAGUUUUGGAAAAGCACGACAACAAACUUACGUAUGAAGCUAUAAAGGAUAUGACAUAUUUGGAACAAGUUCUUCAUGAGUCCCUUAGAAAAUAUCCACCUUUGCCUUUCUUACCAAGAGUAUGUAAUAAAAUAUAUAAAGUACCAGGAACUAACUUUACCAUUGAGAAAGGCACCAUGGUCGGUAUUCCUAUUUUAGGAAUACAUAACGAUCCAGAAUUCUAUCCUAAUCCUGAAACGUUUGAUCCCGAUAGGUUUUCCCCAGAAAAUAAGGCGAAAAGGCAUCAAUUUUCGUGGUUACCUUUCGGUGAAGGACCAAGAAUCUGUAUCGGUCUCAGAUUUGGAACUAUGCAAGCUAAAGUAGGUUUGGUAACUAUAUUUAAAAACUAUAAAGUUUCGCUUAACCACAAAACUAUCACACCUAUUAAAUUUGAUAAAAAAUCUUUAGGUAUUUUGGCAGUGGACGGUAAUGUAUGGGUUAAUAUUGAAAAAUGUAAUUAAUUAAAUUUAUUAUAUUUUUCAAUUAAUAUUUAUGUUACUUUUAUAUCUUUCACAAAAAAUAAAUCAAUUAAUUCUUAAA